CCAAAGACCCGAGCUCCGGUCCCUCCACAUAGUCUCCAAUGGAGCAGCCACCGCAAACUUCGAUCUCGGCGUCUCAGACGACGGAGUCUCCGCCGCAGUCGGCGGAGACGAUUUCUCAGCCGCCGCAUCAGCAGCAGCAACCACCGUCCACUGUUGCGAGCUCAUCCACCGCUCCUUCAAUCCCUUCCUCCGCAGCUCCUCCGCCGUCUCCUUCGUUUCCGCCAAACCCUAAUCCGACGCAAUUCGCGAGACCGGUGACCUCUCCGUCUCGGCAACAGCAGCAACAGCUUCCUCAAUCUCUGGCGCGGCCUCCUCAAACGGCGUAUUCGAGACCAUGGCAGCAGCACUCCACUUUCUCUCACUUUCCCACAACAUCGUCGCCCUUGUUGUCGUCCUCGUCGUCCGCAGCCUCGUUGUCUUCGUCAUUGGCGGGUUCUGCGCCGCAAAGAGGAGGGAUGACGAUUGGUGUGCCGGCGUCGUCCCUAUCGAGUCCAUCUCCUCGGUCUCCGUCUAAGCCUUCCGCUUUUCCCGGCUCUUUCGGGCAGCAGUUUGGUGGACUGGGUCGUGGAACAGUCGGCGUGUCUGAAGCAACCUCUAAUUCAAAUGUUCCUCAGGUGAGGUCAAUGCAAGGAUCGCAGGGAAUUGGAAUGAUGGGAACGCUAGGUUCGGGUUCCCAAAUGCGGCCAGGUGGAAUGUCUGGUCCCCAACAUCAACAGAGACCAGCUCAGUCGUCUCUAAGACCGGCUUCCUCCCCGAGUAGCCCAUCUCCAGUUGCCCAAAAUUUUCAAGGACAUGGCCUUAUGAGAGCUUCUCCUGUUGGUACUCCCGGUGUCCAAUCUACUAGCACGUCCCAAAGCAUGCAAUCUCUUAACCAGCCUUGGUUAUCAUCUUCAACACAAGGGAAACCGCCUUUGCCACCCCCUUCAUAUAGGCCACAAGUUAACACUCCAUCCAUGCAGCAAAGAUCACAUAUUCCUCAGCAGCAACAACAACAGCAGCAACAACAUCCUUCAACACCAACAACUUCACAGCCUCAAGAACAGCUUCAGACUUUAAGAUCCACUCAGCAGCCUUUAUCUCGUCCGCAUCAACUGACCAGGCCCCAGGAAUCAGUGAGUCAGAAACCCACCUCUCUAGCAAUAGUGGUCCAUCCUGCUGUGACUCAACCUGGAACCCAAGGUAAAAAACUUUUGGCGGAGAAUGAAGAGUCUGGGGACCGUAUACUGGGAAAAAGAAGCAUCCGUGAGCUAAUUCAGCAGAUCGAUCCCUCAGAGAAGUUGGAUCCAGAGGUAGAAGACAUCCUUGCUGAUAUCGCUGAAGACUUUGUAGAGUCGAUCACGACAUUUGGUUGUUCAUUAGCCAAGCAUCGGAAAUCAGAUACUUUAGAGGCUAAGGACAUACUGCUACAUGUUGAAAGAAACUGGAAUAUCAGGCCCCCUGGUUUUUGCGGUGACGAGAUCAAGACAUUUCGAAAACCACUAACAACCGAUAUUCACAAAGAGCGUCUUGCAGCUGUAAAGAAGUCGAUGAUCGCAACGGAAGUAGCAAAUGCUAGGAACCCGAUCAUCGGUCAGGGGGCAGUGAAUGCAAAAGGCGGUCAAGCAAAGGCACCUGCAAACCCGUUGGCUUCUCCAGCUUUCAACCACUGAUGAUAUCAUCCAUUUCGACCCGGAGAAAGUGCUUCUUGGUGAGCUUCUUGUAAAGCUGAUGAAUCGGUGAAGAAGAUUGAAGAAACAAUUUUUGCAGCUGAGAUUCGGUGUAGUAUUCGAUGUUUUGAGUAAACAUACAACAUAUGUUCUUCUACAAUAUGGCCAUGACAAAAUCUUGUACUGUAAAUCUCUCAUGUCUAAAUUUUCGGUAUUAAUUGUUUUUUGUUUGUUUGUUAACAAUGUAUCUUUAAAUCAUGUUCGAACAA